CUUGUGCCCUUUUUUUUUUUUGAGAUUUGGGAAAGAAUUUUGAAAGAAAAAGAGUAAAUGAAGUUUUUAUACAUAGGCUGCUGGAAGAGGUGCAAUUAUUAUUUGAUGGCUCUUCGAUUUGAGAUUCUUGGGAGAUUCAAUCGUGCUCGUGCUGCUCAAUUGACACUCCCUCACUUUGUUUGCCAGACACCUUUGUUUAUGCCAGUGGGUACACAAGGGACAAUAAAAGGUUUGACAACUAGCCAGCUUGAGGAAAUUGGUUGCCAAAUAAUACUUGGGAAUACAUAUCACUUGGCACUUCGACCUACUUCUGAACUGAUCGACGAGUUGGGAGGCCUGCACAAAUUUAUGAACUGGCCAAGGGCUCUGCUUACUGAUUCUGGUGGCUUUCAAAUGGUCUCAUUACUGCAUUUGGCUGACAUUACUGAAAAAGGUGUCACAUUUCAGUCACCGGUUGAUGGAAAGCCAAUGCUCUUAACACCUGAAGAAUCAAUUCAGAUCCAAAAUAGAAUUGGAGCAGAUAUUAUCAUGGCUCUUGAUGAUGUUGUGAGAACCACCAUUACUGGUCCACGAAUUGAAGAGGCUAUGUAUCGCACUCUUCGUUGGAUAGAUAGGUGUAUAGAAGCUCACAAGAGACCAAAUGAGCAGAAUUUAUUUGGUAUUGUACAAGGGGGUUUAGAUCCUGUAUUAAGGGAUAUAUGUGUCAGAGGUUUGGUGGACCGAAAUUUACCUGGCUAUGCUAUUGGUGGUCUUUCAGGAGGUGAAGAUAAAGAUUCAUUUUGGCGUGUUGUUGCUCAGUGUACUGCUUCAUUGCCUGAGGAUAAACCACGAUAUGUUAUGGGCGUUGGCUAUCCACUGGAUAUUGUAGUUUGCAGUGCUUUGGGUGCUGACAUGUAUGACUGUGUCUAUCCUACCCGUACUGCUCGCUUUGGCACAGCUCUUAUACCUGAGGGAGUUCUAAAGCUGAAGCACAGAGCAAUGGCUGAUGAUACCCGCCCCAUUGAUCCUACAUGCAUGUGCAUGGUCUGCAAAAACUAUACAAGAGCUUACAUUCAUUGCCUUGUUACAAAAGAUGCUAUGGGAUCUCAGCUUCUGUCAUAUCACAACUUGUAUUACAUGAUGAAGCUUAGCAAUGAUCUACACUCGUCGAUUAUUGGAGGACAGUUUCCCGAGUUUGUAUGUGGCUUCUUACAGAAAAUGUCUGGUACUCUUUCUGGCACUUGCAUGUUUAUGAAUCAUCAAAUGAUAAUAUUAGAUUAGGUGAUGAAGAUGGUGCUCGAGUUCCUACACAUGACUUGAACCCAGGUCUAGGGUAUUAACACCACUGGAGUUUACCUGUGGAAUCCAUUGGCUUCUUGUUAUGAUAUUUACCUUCUAAUAUGGUAUAUCUGGAGUUUUGAAGCCUUGAUAUGAACUGUAAGAACAUAUAUUGCCAUGUGCCAAUUUACUGAAAUGUAGAAUCUCAUAUACACUUUUAUUUUUUAACAUGGAGUCUACUGUGUGGGUUUUCUCUAGGGUGCUUGUCAAAUAAACAGUAAGAUCAUAGAUUAUGUAGUUUUUGGUAUCUUUCAACUCUUAUCUCCAUUUACAGUUUCCUUCCUUUCUAUUUACUUUUUCAUAGUAUCAUAAAGUGUGUCAAUAGGAAAAUUAAAAAGGUACCUUGGAUGAACCAUGCUGUAAUGUCCAACGUCUGUGCAUGCGUGUAUAAAUAUACAUGCAGAGAUUUGAUAUAUGGUUCUGUAUUUUUCUUUUAUUCUUUUUAGACAGCAGAGAGAAAAUGGGGUUACUAAUUCUUUGCUUUGUAAAUUAUUUUUGAUAAUGAUUGCUAUAAUUUGUCAUUGAUUUGCUUUUCCUUCUCUACAUGUGUCAUUCCACAUUAUGUCCUGAUUUACCUAGAAUUAUCUAAAUCUGGCUACUUGAUAGUUGAUAUAGUGCUCACAGAAUAAUCCUAGAGUUUUGUUUAUAUAACUAUUCAAUUGGGCAAGGAGGCUUUUCAUCUUCUUGCGCUACUUGCAACGAGUUCUUAAGAAUUCUGCUGUUGAUAUUAUUUUGCAGUUCCCAAAGGGUGAUGUUCCCGAGUGGGUCUGCAAUGCCAUGGAGGUCGCUGGAAUCGAUAUCUCUUCCUGCUGUUCUCCAUUCGCAUCAUCCCAAUAUUGAAUAGUAAAAAGUACAUGAAGACAGAAGUUAAUCAACUGGAAUUUUUACAGGUUUUACGUGAAAGAAAUUGACAUAGAAGUAGUUUGAUACACGGCAGCAUAUAUUUUGUAGUUCAAUAUGCUGCAUUACCCGGAACUAUACUGAACUAGAGGAAUUUGUCCUUGGAGGACAAUUUUGUUGUCAAUUAAAAGUUUCACUUUGGACAUGAUGUUCUUCUCUCCCUUUACCACCAAGGCUUCAGAGUGACAUUGUCUUCAUGGACUCUUAUCUGUUGUUUUCUCAAUUACAGGUAACCUACUUUUUCUUUUC